GUGGCGUGGGGGGCGAGAACAGGGAUCGGGACGAACCUUCAUAAAGAAUAUCCCACACCACCGCAGGAGCUCCAGGCGGAGCGCGACACCCUUUUCCUCCACUCGUCUUCUCCGCGCAUCAUGGGCUCGCCGCGAAAUCCCUCCUCCUCCUCCUCCUCCUCCUCCUCCUCCUCCCCUCCGCCUCCUCCGCCGCCGCACACAUGUACCUGAGGAGGAAGCUCUCCCAACUCGUGCAGAGAAGAUCCAAGAUUCACCCGCCAGAAGAAGGCCCUCUUCCACCACCACCACCAACCCCAUCGAACAAGAACAAGAACAAGAACAAGAAUAAGAACACCCACCAGAUCGUACCCUUUUCUUCUCCUCCUCCUUCGAGGAUCCGGACAGAGCCCCAGAUCCCCCACGGCGACGGAUUCGAGAACCCACGAAGGUUUGACCGGGAAUCGUCAGCGGGCGUGCUUGGCUUGUUGCUCGGGAUCUUUCUUGUGCGUAUGGGGAUGGAAUCAAGCACCGUGCAAGCCCCGCCCACGGAGACGAUGGAGGAGAGCACCGAAUUGGAGGAGUACCCGCCCGUGACCUCUUCCAGGAUCAAGCUGAGGGAUGGGAGGUUCCUGGCCUACACCGAGAGGGGUGUCCCCAAGAGCAGAUCCAAUUACAAGGUCGUCAUCGUCCACGGAUUCGGCAGCUCCAAGGAGAUGAAUUUCCCCGUGUCCCGAGAACUCAUAGAAAAGUUGGGCAUAUAUAUAGUUCUUUACGAUCGAGCUGGUUAUGGCGACAGCGACAUGAACUCCAAGCGUACGGUAAAGAGUGAAGCCCUUGAUAUCCAAGAACUUGCUGAGCGGUUGCAAUUGGGGUCCAAAUUUUAUGUGAUUGGUGUCUCAAUGGGAUCAUAUCCCACAUGGAGUUGCCUCAAGUACAUACCGGACAGGUUAGCUGGUGUGGCCUUAGUGGUCCCAACAGUCAACUAUCGUUGGCCUUCUCUUCCUGAGAGUCUGACGAAGCCAGACUACAGAAAGAAGCUUAUCCGGUGGUCACUCCGGAUCGCAAGCCAUGCCCCUGGAUUGCUUCAGUGGUGGGUGACUCAAAAAUGGCAUCCUUCAGAAGGAGACCCAACCCUUUUCAACCAAAGAGACAUCGAAGUCCUGAAGACGACGCCAGGCUUCCCCAUGUUCACCCCGGAAAAUUUACGGCGACGAAGAGUAUUUGAAACUCUCAGAAGUGACUUUAAAGUGGGUUUUGGCAAAUGGGAAUUUGACCCGAUGGAUCUGAGCGAUCCAUUUCCCAAAGGCGCAAGCUCUGUACAUAUUUGGCAAGGGCAUGAAGAUAAGGUUGUACCUUUUCAGCUUCAAAGAUUUGUUUCGGGUAAGCUGCCCUGGAUAAAGUAUCACGAAAUUCCUGAUGGAGGGCAUUUGCUUGUGCAUUACAAUGGCGUAUGUGAUGCCAUUGUAAAGGCUCUUUUGAUUGGAGAGGAACCGGUUUCAUGACAAGGUGGUCAUGUUUGUACAUUAUUCAUGACACCAACAAACCUCUGUGAUUCAAAUUGUUCAUUUGGUAAAGUAAAUUAAUUGCAGAA